AUGGCACGGCAACAGAUCAUCUGGGAUCCAAAGUGGCGCCAGAAAGUCUUGCCAGGGAAGUUGGUGGAGGCCGCUGCCAAGGUGGUCUGCUUGUCCUAUCCAUUGUGCCCCGUCCUGUUUGCCCUGGCUGCUGGCCGGCUGGUAAGGACAAUCAUAGAAAAGCUAGAGGGUCUUGAAAAGUGGCUGUCCGAAAAGGAGUCCAAAGAGCGAGAACAAGCCUCUGCCUCCACUUCUCAGCCUCGUGGGUAUCGGAAGGGGGGACCUGCAGACCGUGCCAAGGUCGCUUUGCCUAGCCAGUCCAGUGUUGCAACGUUUCCAGCCAUUGCACCAAUUUCUGUGGGGUUUGAGUUGGUAAAAGAAGAAGGAAAAGGUUUCAAGGAGGUUUACGGUGAAGUGCCGUAUAGGGGCCUAGAAGACGGCCCUGGACCUGUCCCAGAGUUUUUGGAGGAUCAGGCAAGUUUUUGUGGCCGAACGCUCGAGAUUGGUGUGCAGCGUGUUCACAUUGCCUUUGCUGCUGGUUUUUGGGCCCGCAUUGCAUUGGAAACUUGUACCCCCCAGACUUUUUCCAUCCGCCUGUCCGAGCCAGCUUGUCAUUUCAUCGUGCUCCGAGCUCAGGGUCUUGGUGGCCACGUUCAGUUUGCAUCCGAGAACGAUUUUGACUGCUUCAAGGAUCGAGUCAGAACAGGUGAUUUGGUAGCUCAGGGAUUUGCCACGGAAACCGAGAUCAGAGAGCCAAACCUUUUGAUCUUCUCUGUGCCAGCCACAAUUGCAUUGGCCGGAGAAGAGAUGGAAGUUUAUGCACUGCCAAUUCAGAUUCUCCUUGCCGUUCCGGACAAUGUUCUCAGUCCACAGUCCUUGCAAUCCGGCCAAGAAGAUGAAAACGCGAUGUUGUGGUUGUUCGAAGUGCUGUCUCUCUGCCACGAGUAUGACCCUGUGACUGAUUCCCUCCUCACCAUUGGCGGGUUUUCUGAUGUUCAUCCGAAUGCGCUUCCUGAUUGCAACGUCCUUUUUGACAAAGUCAAGGAAUGGAUCAGUGCCAGAAGUGAUGAGAGGUCGGGUUUUUAUACCGCUCAAGAAGACCGGGAAGAGCCAGCUGCAAAACCUGUUCCUCAUGCUUCGCCAAAAAAGGCGACGCCAAAAGUGCGUGUCACCAAUUCUAUGAUUGCAGAACAGCUCAGCACCUUGGCAGCCCAAAUGCAGGUGCUGACACAACGCCAAGAUCGUUUGGAGAAAUCAAAGAGCUCUUCUGCAGAAAAUGUUGGAGGUCGGGAUCCUGGCAUUUUGCCAAAUGCCCAACCGCAAAAGCUUCCCGCGGUUUCAGCGGGCCUCCCAAAUCCGAGUGGAGUAUCCCAGAUUGCUGCAAAAGCAUUGUCCCUUACAGGACCCCCGCCAAAGACCAUGAGAAAUGUCCCGCAGGCCGGGCCUCCAGAUCUGACGCAAAUGGACGACCCUCUGGACCCUCUCCAAGCUCGUCCCGAGGAACCAAUGGCAAUAGUAUCAGCGCUGGCACAGCAAAGCACUGCAAUCACAGCCCUUGUUGCACAUCUGGCGUCCCAAGCCCCAGAUGCUUUAGGAGACUUGGCAUCCUUAGGUCACAGUACGAGUUCAACAAAAGGUGUUCAAAAAAGAGAAAGGAUGCAGAACGAUCUAGCAACAGGCCAGAGCAUGUACUUUGUCCAAAUGAUGCAGCAGCUUCACCGACGCUUGCACCCUGCAAAGCCAGUACCGCAAACAGAGGAGGAGCUAUGCCAUUUGUCAGUUUUGACUUAUCUGGAGAGGCAAGGAGGGUACCGACAGCACAGAGAUCUAGGUUUGAUCGCUUGGAUCUUAGGGUAUGCUAUAGACGCAGCAGCAAUGGGGGAUCUUCGCAGAACCAAGGAAAUCAUGGCCUUGAUGAUGGUCUCGGUGGAGCAGGCGGCAGUCGACAAAGGAGAUUGGAGCCUAGCUUAUCUUCUUACCCUUUUAGAAGAUCCUCCACUGCAGAUGUUCCAGGAGCGCUCGACCACCCUGGGUCAGCACAGCAAGGUUUUUGGGCCUCUGGUUCCUCCGAACUGGACAGCCGUUUGCCUAGCAUACCUGAAGGAUAUGGAAGUGCUUGCAUCGAAACGCAACGAGACGGCAAGAAACCUGCAAAGGCAAUGCCCAGCAGCUCAAGUGUAG